GUGCAUUCAUAGCCGGUGUGAUAAGCGCCUCGUACUCCAAGGCUUGUGUAGCACUUCUCUACAGUCCUUGGUUUGAGUCGCCAGUCCUCGGCUUUCACUUCUCGUUCUUCCUGAUCUUGCACUACUUUCAGUAGGCGCUACUGGUCCUUACGUGUGAGUGGAACCCUUUCUUGCGGGCUUUAACUCGACUCAGUAACGCACGAUCAGAGAUGGCCGCCCAAAUCGAGAAGGCGCUUGAGAAGGCCGAGAAGUAUGUCCAGGAGAACAAGCAGACGGUAGCUAUUGCUGCUGGUGCUACCACUGCUGCCCUCCUGGCAGCUUACGCUUACCGCCGCGCCAAAAACGCCGUCCCAGCCCGCGGCCCAUUCCCGGUCGACACCCUGCCGGCCGACGCUUACGACGCGGUCAUCGUUGGUGCUGGCCCAUCCGGUUCCGUCUGCGCUUACUAUAUGACUCGUGGUGGUGCCAAGGUCGCUCUUCUAGAGAAGGAGACCUUCCCGCGCGAUAAGUAUUGCGGCGAUGCCGUUUGCACCCCUGCGAUCCGCAUCCUCGAGGACAUGGGCGUGCUGCAGGAGCUCGUCGCCAACAACGAGGCUCACUUUGCCGACGCUGGUGGUUUCGUUAGCCCCAACGGCACCUCUUACAUCGGUGUCUCCAAGCAGAAGCUGGGUCAGGCCGCUUGCUGCGCCGUGAAGCGCAUCAACCUGGACAUCCGCGUUGCCAAGAACGCUGCCCGCGCCGGCGCCGACCUUAAGGAGAAGUUCGAGGUGACUGGCGCGACCUUUGACAAGGCAACCGGUCUGUGGACCGUCACCUCGGCCACCGGCGAGACUGUCCGCGGUCGUGUGCUUGUCUGCGCCGAUGGCGCCACCUCCCGCCUCGCCACCAAGCUGGGAUACUGCACGGAGGCACCCAAGGGCAUCUGCUCCCGCGCUUUCGUGGAGGGCGGCUCCCACAACACCAACUACGACGGCGUGUGCUUCUACCCCAAGUGGUCGCUGCCCGGCUACGCCGCUAUCUUCCGUCACCCCAACGACGAGCUGAACUUCUGCUACUACCUCAUUCCCUGCGGCAAGGACGGCUACUGCGGAGACGUGAAGGAGUCGGAUCUGGCGCGCCUGCACAACGACGCGAUCAAGUACGACCCCUUCAUCUCCAAGUCGCUGGGGCCUAACGCCAAGAUUGAGCGCAUGCGCGUGGCGAGCCUGCGUCUGGGCGGGCAGGGCCUCAAGACCACGUUUGACGACCACCUGAUCAUUGUGGGAGAUGCGGCCGGACACAUCGACCCGUACACCGGCGAGGGCAUCCACACCGCCAUGAUGGGUGGCAAGGCGGCCGCCGAGACCAUCCUCGCCAUGCGCGCCACCGGCGACUUCUCCGCCCGCUCCACCAAGCAGUUCGAGACCAAGUGGCGCGCGCUGUACGGUCACGACUUCUGGAUGAGCAAGGCCUUUGCCGAGAUUGUCUACCGCUGCCCGCUGCUGCUGGACGCUGUGGCCAGCGAGAUGCAGCGCAAGGGCGACGCCAUGAUGUCCAAGUGGGCCGAGAUCAUGACCAACAUGCAGCCCAAGACGUACUUCCUGCGGCCGCAUGUGGCGCUGCCGCUGGGCAUUGCGAUUGUGCGGGAGUUUUUCGAGCAGAAGGUCCUCGGCAGCAAGAAGGAUAACUACCAGAUGCUGCCGCAGGAGGCGGCCAAGUAAGCGGGCAGGAAGAGGGGGAUGGCCGGGUGCCGGGGAG